AUGGUGCUGCAACGAUUGCAGUAUCCAACAGCUCCCCACAACGGCAAGUCCUUCAAUGGUGGGAUCGUUUGCCGGUCUAUCUACUUUCUACUGGAAGGCGACAUGGUCCUGUCGGCCGCAGAAUCACCAUUCCCUGCCCCUCCGCGAUGCGUGAUUACCAUCCUUGGAGAGGUGGGCUAG